AGAGCGGCGAGACAUGUUGCGUCUAGCGCAUACUUGCCACGCUGUCCAUAACAUCGCGCUACGAUAUUUCGUCAGAGAGGUGACUAUCACCAGUCGAUGGAGCCCCGAGUCGAUUCGCCGCUUUUGCGAGUACAUGCUCAACGAACCCUCUCGUCCCGGGCUCUUGGCAUCCCUUUGUAUCAAAUCCUGGCCAUUUGAUGGGGAACGGUCGCUGUCCUGUGCCGACUACACGGAAGGACCUUCCAUGCUCGCCCAAGUCAUCAGAAGGUCCCACCAAUUGCGAACUCUGUCCUUCGGAUCGAUAGGCUACCUGUUGGAGGACAUUCCCGACCUAGCUGAAGCAAUCGCGGCUUCCGCUGCGCUCGAGACGAUACACCUCUUGGCUGCAAACGGGGCGACACUUACGGUUCUGUCCCGAGCGGUGAGCCGCCCUAAGGUGUUGACCUGUCGCUUCGAUGACUCUCAGAGCUUUCCUCGAGAGGAGCUGACCGCGACACUUAACAAGUUCUCCGAGUCGCUUGUUUCCCUUUCGAUAGGGUACCACACGGACCCUCUCUUAGCAGCGACGGGACCGAGUUGGCCGAAAUUGCAAGAACUCGCGAUAUCGCAUGGGAUCAUCUCGCACGUUGGCGUUAUAUUUCGCGCUUUCCCCGGCAUCCACACACUUCGGGUAGGCCCCAAACUGGCAAUUUUUAAUCGUCAAACCGUCACUACCCCUCCAAAGUUGGAUUUCCUCUCGACGGACAUACCGCUGCCCCUUCAAGGUCAUGUACGGCGCUUGACCCUACGUAGUCCCGAAAUGGGGUACAUGGCUGAGAACACGAUCCACGCAUACCGACCCGUCAUCUUAGGAUCUGUCUCGAUACCACUAUAUUGGAACUCGGAGAACGAGACAGUGAAAUUUCUGCAACUGACUUUCUGCGAUGGGCGAGAUGCAAUGCAGAUCGAGGAUGACAUCGAGCGCUGCGUGGACGAUCAAACCACGAAAUACCUCGUGGCCAUAACCAUCACUCUCCCGGCAACCUUUAAAGACGAUGGGUUCACCGAAUGGGCGCAUCGGCGCGCAUUCAAAUUAGCGAAUCGCUCGCCUCAUCUUGAACACAUCGGGCUCAAUCGCGCACCCGCCGCCGACACUGUGUACGUUCCGCCGAGCUGGCACGAACCUCGCUUUAUGUGGUAUCGGGUCAUUCCGCGCUUCUCCGCUCGUUCCGUGAUUCUGUUGUCCGAAGAGGAGGGUACCGCUGUGCACGAGGCGCUGCUGAACUUGGGCAAAUGA